AUGCUGAUUCAGGACAAUAUAGGCUAUGCUUGCGGUGGUGUAGGCCACUGUUCGCGCGACUGUUUCCAGGGAUUUAAGUGCUACAACUGCUCUGGCGUCGGACACAUCAGCAGGGAUUGCCCCCAUGACAGAAGCGGGCUUGUUAUACUCGCGGGUCAGAAUGCCACAUCUCCCGUAACUGCCCUGCCAGUGGGACAGAGGCCAUCUGAUUGUAAAGACGUGCCAUGA